AUGAUCAAAACUGAUAUUUAUGCUGCUAUCUUCUCUUUCUUUGAGACUGGUGUCAUUGCUAAGAAGUGGAAUUGUACAACAAUCACCUUAGUACCUAAGGUUCAGCAUCCUUCUUAUGUCAGAGAGUUUAGGCCUAUUGCUUGUUGUACCAUGUUGUACAAGCUGAUCUCCAAAGUUCUCACAAACAGGAUUUCUAAAGUGGUGGGGACUGUUAUUAAUGAUGCUCAAGCUGGGUUUAUCCCGGGUAAGCACAUUGGUGACAAUAUUCUCCUGGCUACUGAAUUGAUCAAAGGCUACUCUCAUAAGUUUGUUUCUCCUAGAUGCAUGAUCAAGAUUGACUUGAGAAAGGCCUAUGACUCUGUUGAAUGGCCAUUUUUGCAGACUGUUUUAGAAGAGCUUGGUUUUCCUCAUUCUGUUGUGAAAUGGAUUAUGACUUGUGUCUGCUCUGUUUCUUACUCUGUAAUGGUUAAUGGCUUUCCUGCUAAACCUUUUUCUGCAAAAAAAGGCCAUAGGCAAGGAGAUCCUAUGUCUCCUUUUCUUUUUGCUCUAUGUAUGGAGUACCUCUCUAGGUGCCUUAAGGAAAUGACUGGGAAUCCUAAUUUCAAUUUUCAUCCUAGAUGUGAGAAAUUAGGUAUUACCCACAUGAUGUUUGCUGAUGAUCUUCUCCUCUUCUCUAGGGCUGAUUCCAUCUCUUUUCAGCUUCUCUUGCAGGCUUUCCAGAAAUUCUCUUGUGCUUCUGGUCUGAUGGCUAAUUUAAGUAAGAGUGAGGUUUAUUUUAGAGGUAUCUCUGAUUCUGAUAAAGAUCAUCUGCAAAAUGUUCUUGGUAUGAGUAGAGGUAGUUUGCCUUUUAGAUAUCUUGGGGUGCCCUUGUCUUUUAAAAAGCUUACUAUUGCUCAGUGUAGGCCUUUGGUUGAAAGGGCUUAUUGGGCUCCGAUUUUCAUUCUUCCUAAGAAGAUUCUUAGGGAAAUUGAAACUAAGUUCAGGGUUUUUCUUUGGACUGGGAAGAACACUUAUGCAAAAAAGGCCCCUGUCUCCUGGCAUCAUAUGACUCUUCCUAAGGUUUGUGGUGGCUGGAACAUUACCUCUCUUGGUGAUUGGAAUAAAGCUGCUAUUUGCAAGGUUCUUUGGGAUCUUGCUCACAAAUCUGACAAUAUGUGGGUGAAAUGGGUGCAUACCUAUUAUUUCAAUAAUAGGAAUAUUUGGACUGCCACUAUUCCUAAGAAAUGCUUCUGGGUUUUGAAGAAAAUCUUGACUUGCAGAGAUAUUAUUGAUGAUAUUGGUGGUUGGUCCUCUAUUAUGAAAAAUAGGAAAAUGAGUAUUGCUAAACUCUAUGCCCGGAUUCGACCCCAGGCUCCUAAAGUAGGGUGGAAAAGAAUUUUUUGCAAUAACCAAGCCGUUCCUAAGAGUAUUUUCAUUACUUGGUUAACUUUGCUUGACAAACUUGCCACUAAGGAUAGAAUUGUCAAGUGGAAUGCAAGUUGUGAUCCUAUUUGCUUUUUCUGCCAGAACUCUUGUGAAUCUGUCUCUCACUUGUUCUUUUGCUGUCCAUACUCCAAGACUAUUUGGGAACAGAUUUUGAAGCUGCUUGAUGUGAAAAAAGCAGUUCAACCGUUUCACAUUGAACAUCAAUGGAUAGUUAAGAAUUGUAGGAAGUCUAGCAGCAAGGGUAGAGUAUACUCUAUGUGUUUUGCUGAGGCUAUCUACAAUAUAUGGUUGCAGAGGAAUAGUUUGAUGUUUACAGGUGUAAAGGAACAGACAGGAAGCUGCUUUUGCUUCACUGAAUUCUGGUGUUGCAGCUGUCUGUUGUUUAUGGUCUGUUCUGGUUUGAUGGCAGCUGGUCAGCAGCCUGUUUUGGUUGGUUUUGGCAGCUGGUUUCUGUUGAAUUGUUGUUGCUGCUCUGUUGCUCUUUCUGUUCUGUUGCUGUUACUGUCUUGUGCUGUUGCAGUGCUGCUUUUGUUUGUUGCUGUUGCUGUUUGUUGCUGGUGCAGUCUGUGUGCUGUUGCUGGUGUUGCUGCUGUAAUGCUGGGUUGCAGUUGUUGCUGCUGCAGUGCUGGUUCAGCUCUGUUGCUGCUGGGUGGCAGCUGGUGGUUCAGGUGUUUGCUGUUGCUGUUCCUAGCUGCUGCUGCUGCUGCUCUGGGUGGCAUCUGGUGGGUUGCUGGUGUGACUUUUGUUCUGCUUGCUACUGCUCUAGUUGUUGUUGCCUGGUUGUUGGUUUCUCGAUGUUGUUGUCCUGGGUGCUGCUGUUAG